AUGCCCGACACGCCCGAGCCGGAUGCCUCCAAUACUGUGCAACGUCCCACCAUGGCCUUCCCCUCCUGCAAAUCCGAGUGCAUCUCUGAUCGGAAUGUACGUGAAGAUGAGGUGCAACUCGACAAGGGAGCAUGGAACGACGGUGCCCAGACCUCUGCGAUGGAGCAUCUGGUUACACUCAAACAGGGGUUGAGGGUUUCCGACACCGAGCUGUUCUGGAAACGGCUCAUGGAAGAUGUCACCUCAAUCACAAACGCUCAGUAUGGAUUCGUGGCACGGAGGGUGCACGGAGGGGAGCCCAUGCCAGAACUAUGCGGGCGGCGCCCGUCACUGUUUGGUGCGGCGUUCUACUACAAUGAUGGCUACCAGACAGUUGGGUUACAGCGGAACCGGUAUUUCGCAGGCGGGAACCCCUUGUUACACAUGGAUCAUGAACGGCCUUGUUUGAUUACUGAAAAUCUCAGCGCGUUGGCAUCCUUUGGGGACGAUCAACUCCCGUUCGGCGCGGAUGGCUAUCUGGCGAUUCCACUAUUUGCGGCGGGAAAGUGCCUGGCGCACCUCGGGUUGAUGUGGUCGAAAGAUGGCCUGCGGAAUCGAAAUCUGUCGUGGUCUUUCCUGGAGAUGAUCCUUCACUCUCUCGAAGACCUCAUUGUGCAACGACUUCUCUCCGGCGAGGUAUUAGCGAACGAUCAUACCUCCCUUAAUUCCGCUACGAAUCCCUCGAUCCCCCAACCUCACGAUGCCGGCAUUCACGAACACUCCCAUUUCAACUCCCAACCCCUCAAACCCUACGCACGAAGUUUGUCACAUGAAUUACGGACCCCCAUGCAGGGUGUGGUAGGCAUGCUAGAUGUAAUGCAUGCCACAGUGCGUGAGGCGAUGGAGAGCAAGACUCCUGUCAAAUCAGGUGGAAUAUUUCAGACGCUUAAAGAGGGAAUUGAGAUGGUGCAAGAUAGCGCGAGACGGGCUGUCGAGGCAGCUGAUAACGUCGUUCAUGCCUACGAUCUCAACAUGCAGGUCCCUAAAACACCACAGCGGGAAGAAACUCAUAUUUUAGGCGAACCUUCAAUCCCUCCUCUUUCUGAAAUUCCUGAAACCCGCCCGAGCAUAUUCAUUGAAGGAAAUAAUAUCGCUGUCAAUCCCUACAAACGGCGACGCAGUCUGCCACCCGAGAUGAAUCCAAGACCGGUACGAAAGCAGAGACUCCGCGCAGCAUCGUCUCGACAAGAGCUUUCGCCUCGCAGCGAAGAAGUCAAGAAUGCUGUCCACGAGAGUGACCAGAUCGUCCAUGCCACCCCCGCUCGCCAGAUUGAAGCUGUAAUGGCCAACAUGGUUGAUCCGCGCCCCUCUCUCGCUGUUCGAAGAUCCGCACCUCACUUGCUUUUGGAGGGCAUCAACAUCAAUUUGAGAGGCUCUGCUUUACGCUUCACCAAACUACGGGAUCUUCUCCGGUUGGUGAUUAACGAGUCUCUUCACGUUGGUGGCCGACCUGACUCUGCAGUCAGUAAUACAACGGAUUUUGGUGAGAGGAUUGAGAUUCGUUCCCGAUCCUCGAAUGGCGAAUUGUUCACGCAGGUUGUAGAUUGGUCUGUGGAUCCAGCACUACCAGACACUUUGCUUGCCGAUGACCGUGACUUGGCCAAACUAAUUUCGUGUGUCUUCCUCAAUGCAAUCAAGUUCACCAACAAUGGAACCAUCACCGUGUGCGCUACCAUUGAUCCUAAGAGAAACGAUGUACUCAUUCUCGUCCGAGAUACCGGCCCUGGUAUCCCGGCUGCAUUUCUGCCGAGCCUCUUCAAAGCGUUUGCCCGCGAAGACGCAUCAACCACUAGAAGCAAAGACGGUCUGGGUCUUGGUCUCCUUGUGGCCAAGGGACUCUCACGCAAGAUGGGCGGUGAUUUGACCUGUGAACGCUCGUCAACCUCGGGGCCUGAUCGUGGCACAGAAUUCCAAAUUCGUAUUCCUGUGAACCAACGCGAGGCUGAUGGUCAGCCUGCAACUCCCAACGAGCGGACUCUGACACCACCCAUAUUCAACGACCCAGCACGACAGGGUAGUGUUAGCAGCUUCAUUUCCGAACCUUCUUCAUCUUCCGUCUCACCAUUCAUCCUCCCCCAAAACCCCCAGUUACAGCAACCAACCCCCAGUACUUCCGAUGAGAACAUGUCUCAAAGCUCAACACCCCCACGUCGAGUAUCACAAUCUCGUCUUCAUCGAACAAACAUUUCUGCAGGCGAUGCAUACGACAAGAAGCUCGCAGAGAAGCACCCACUACGCUUCCUUGUUGCAGAAGAUAACCGAAUCAACCGGCGUGUUCUUGUGAACAUGCUUAGGAAGCUUGGCUACCGCGAUGUUCUCGAAGCAGCUGACGGCAAAGAAGCGGUUCAAAUAGUACACGGUAUUCUGUCUGCAGCCAAAUGCUCCACUGAACCCGAGGCCGAUUCCAACAACGCGAGCAUCAUGCAAGGGGUGAUCAGUGAACAGCGUGAGCCGACCAAGGUGAAGGCCAUUGAUGUGGUCUUGAUGGACCUCUGGAUGCCAGAAAUGGACGGAUACGAGGCCACCUCGCGUAUCCUCCAGAUGGUCGAUAAUCACCGAGACCAACACAAAUCCAACAAUCUCGUCUCAAUGGAUAUAGACCACAAACCCACUAUCUCUUACGCACCCCCACCUCCUACCGUCUUGGCUGUCAGUGCAGAUGUCACGGAUGAAGCUCUGAACCGUGCAUCUAGAGUGGGGAUCAAGGGCUACAUGACAAAACCCUACAAACUCUCCGACCUGGAACGAUUGAUUCUCGAAUUUUGUGGUGGCAUUGGCAAGCCCACCUUCUGA